AUGGUUGUAAGCCAGUACUCGGCCCCUAGUAGUGAGACUCGCGCAGAAUCACAUCCCCCACUCAGCAGAGCUCAGUCCAGCUUCAAACUUGCUUUCAAAGUGUUGCGUCUCCCUACAAACUACAACUACGGCCCCCCGAACUACGACUACGACCCCCCGAACUACGUCUGCAACUUUCAAACUACACCUACGACCUUCGACCUUUGUCUACGACCAGUACACCCCCUUCGAAGCACACCUACUCAUACAGCUAAGUCCUCCGAAGUUCCGUUCUCACGCCUGACCUUCGAACAAGACUCCUCCCCUCUUACCUUCCCUCUGCUUCUACAAGAAGUUGGAGUGUUUGGACGGUCCAAAAUAGUCUUGUGA